GCUUCUCCCGUGCUGCCCAGCGAGAGGUGGGCGGGGCCAGGCGGCGGAGCGGGUGGGCGGGGCUUGGGCCGGCCGCCAUCUUGGAUGAGGAGAAGGAGAGAGCCUGCCGCUUCCUGUCUCGCUUCUGAGAACAGCGGUGCAGUCUCCUCUAUGAGCCAAAGAUCGUGAAGCCUUCCCGAAAGACGCCCGUCCUGCUCCUCCUCCUCCUCCUCCUCCUCCCGUCCCUUCCAGAGAUCGACCGGCCAUGGACCAGGACUACGAGCGGCGCCUCCUCCGCCAGAUCAACAUCCAGAAUGAGAACAUGAUGCCUUCCGUGGCCGACAUGCGGAGGACGCUGACCCCGUCCAACUCCCCGGUCUCUUCGCCCAGUAAACACGGCGACAGGUUCAUCCCGUCCCGGGCCGGGGCCAACUGGAGCAUCAGUUUCCACAGGAUCAACGAAAACGAGAAGUCUCCGAGCCAAAACAGGAAAGCCAAAGACGCCACCUCGGACAACGGCAAAGACGGCCUUGCUUAUUCCGCCCUGUUGAAGAACGAGCUCCUGGGUGCCGGGAUCGAGAAAGUCCAAGACCCGCAGACGGAAGACCGGCGGCUCCAGCCCUCCACGCCGGAGAAGAAGAGCCUCUUCACGUAUUCGCUGACGACGAAGCGCGCCAGCCCCGACGACGGGAACGAGGUCUCUCCGUAUUCCCUCUCGCCCGUCAGCAACAAGAGCCAGAAGCUCCUGCGGUCCCCGCGCAAGCCGACGCGCAAGAUCUCGAAGAUCCCGUUCAAGGUGCUGGACGCGCCGGAGCUGCAGGACGACUUCUACCUGAACCUGGUGGACUGGUCCUCCCUCAACGUCCUCAGCGUCGGGCUCGGCACCUGCGUCUACCUCUGGAGCGCGUGCACCAGCCAGGUGACCCGGCUGUGCGACCUCUCCGUGGAAGGCGAUUCGGUCACCUCCGUGGGGUGGUCGGAGCGGGGCAAUUUAGUGGCCGUGGGGACCCACAAAGGCUUCGUCCAGAUCUGGGAUGCCGCGGCAGGGAAGAAGCUCUCCAUGCUGGAAGGCCACACCGCCAGAGUGGGGGCCUUGGCGUGGAACGCGGACCAGCUCUCGUCGGGCAGCCGGGACCGCAUGAUCCUGCAGCGGGACAUCCGGACGCCCCCGCUGCAGUCGGAGCGGCGCCUCCAGGGACACCGGCAGGAGGUCUGCGGACUCAAGUGGUCCACCGACCACCAGCUCCUGGCCUCCGGGGGGAACGACAACAAGCUGCUGGUGUGGAACCACUCGAGCCUGAGCCCGGUGCAGCAGUACACGGAGCACCUGGCGGCGGUGAAGGCCAUUGCGUGGUCCCCGCACCAGCACGGGCUGCUGGCCUCGGGGGGCGGGACGGCCGACCGCUGCAUCCGCUUCUGGAACACGCUGACCGGGCAGCCCCUCCAGUGCAUCGACACCGGCUCCCAGGUCUGCAACCUCGCCUGGUCCAAGCACGCCAACGAGCUGGUGAGCACCCACGGCUACUCGCAGAACCAGAUCCUGGUCUGGAAGUACCCGUCCCUGACGCAGGUGGCCAAGCUGACCGGCCACUCCUACCGCGUCCUCUACCUGGCCAUGUCGCCCGACGGGGAGGCCAUCGUCACCGGCGCCGGGGACGAGACCCUCCGCUUCUGGAACGUCUUCAGCAAAACACGCUCCACCAAGGAGUCUGUUUCGGUGCUCAACCUCUUCACCAGGAUACGAUAAAACUAAACAACCCGACGACAACACACCGAAAAAACUGUGUAUUUUGGGAGGGGGGGGAGAACCACUAACUGGCGUGCAUGGGGGAAAAAAAUAGGGUGGUGGGAGUGGGAUAUUGGUGGGGGGCGGGGUAUGGGAGAAGAUGAAGAUUAUUAAACACCUACGAAGAACGUAGUCGGACUUUGAUUUGUUUGGGAGAAGAAAGACGAAAAAAAUACCUGGGAAUUCCGGAUACGUGUACAUGCGAUCGUGAUGCAUGACGUUAUUAUUCUACGUCAGAAAAAAAAAUUGGAUUACAAUUUCGAUACGGGAAACAAAGGAUAUUUCAAGGAGAGCGACAAUCCGCAAAGCAAAACAUCGUGAUGAAGGUACUAUUUUUAUUUCCAACUAUGUAUCCCAUUCUGCCUGGGAAUCGUGGGGAAUAACGUGCUGCGGUGUAUCUCGAAAAUGGCGAGAUUCGGAAGCGGGAUUUUGACCGGAAAAGCGGAAUUUCGAUGCUUACAUGGUCUUUGUGGGACACAGAUCUUUGUGGUUGUUGUCUGUUGGAAGUUGAGUCUCGAAAAAAGGACAACAAAGCCCAUUUCUUUUGCAUCACUACGUCUUCCAUCUAUCUGUUACGGAUUUUUCUUGCUUUGUCCUUCGUUGGCUUUGUUUUUGGAAGAACUAGACUCUCUUGUUUGGCCAUUUCGCAAGGAACGGACUCGUUGUCCCGUCGUGUUUUGUGGGAUACAUUGGACUACAACUCCCAACAUGUUGACAGAAACGUUAAGGUUGUUUUUGUGGCUUUCUUUAUGCCCGUUGUGAGUACGGGAAGUUGUGAGUACGGGAAGUACGGGUUGGGUCGUUUUAGGUCAAGAUGCUAGAAAUCCCUUCCGAGUCAUCUUCCGGUCGCAAAGGAUCUGGAAUCGAGUGAUUUGUAGUCUCGUUCCAGGUUGAAAAUGUCAUUUUUGUGCCCCAGGAUAUGUUGGAAACGUCUCUUUUUUGGGAUCCCAACAAUUUCAUUUCAUAUUUGAGAAGGUAUAGUUCAUCCUAAUUGUAGAAAACUCAUCCCGUGAAGCCCAGGUGCACUAGGCACGAUCUUAUGGGUUCUUGGUUGGUCUUGGGCUUAAAUUUAUAUAUAUAUAUAUAUAUAUAUAUAUAUAUAUAUAUAAAUUAUUUGUGAUAUAUAUAUAUAUAUAUAAAUAAAUACGUUUAUCCCGAGAAGACAAGGUGCACUUGGAACGAUCUUGUGGGUUCUUGGUUGGUCUUGGGCUUAAAUUAUAUAUAUAUAUAUAUAUAUAUAUUGUAAAUUUAAUACGUUUAUCCCGAGAAGCCCAGGUGCAUUAGGCACGAUCUCAUGACUUCCUGGUUGGGCUUGGGCUUAAAUUACACACCUAUAUAUAAUAUAAAUAAAUAUUAUGUUUGGGAUCCCAAAGAUCUCUUUCCAACCAAUUUUCCAUCGGAGCCCAGGUGCACUAGGUACGUUCUCAUGGCUUCUUGGUCAGGCUUGGGCUUCAAUUAUAUAUAUAUAUAUAAAAUAAUAAUAAUAUUUUUAUUAUAUAUAUAUAUAUAUAUAUAUUAUUUGGGAUCCCAAAGACCUCUUUCCAACCAAUUUUCCAUUGAAGCCCAGGUGCACUAGGCAUGAUCUCAUGGCUUCUUGGUCAGGCUUGGGCUUCAAUUAUAUAUAUAUAAAAUAAUAAUAAUAUUUUUAUGAUAUAUAUAUAAUGUUUGGGAUCCCAAAGAUCUCUUUCCAACCAAUUUUCCAUCAAAGCCCAGGUGCAUUAGUCACGAUCUCAUGGCUUCUUGGUCGGGCUUGGGCUUCAAUUAUAUAUAUAUAAAACAUUAUAUUAUAUUAUAGAUAUAGAUAUAGAUAUAGAUCUCUUUCCAACCAAUUUUCCAUCGAAGCCCAGGUGCACUAGGCACGAUCUCAUGGCUUCUUGGUCAGGCUUGGGCUUCAAUUAUAUAUAUAUAAAAUAAUAAUAAUAUUUUUAUGAUAUAUAUAUAUAUAUAUAUAUAUAUAUAUAUAUAUAUAUAUAUAUAUAAAAAAUGUUUGGGAUCCCCAAGAUCUCUUUCCAACCAAUUUUCCAUCAAAGCCCAGGUGAAUUAGUCACGAUCUCAUGGCUUCUUGGUCGGGCUUGGACUUAUAUUAUGCAUAUAUAUAUAUAUAUAAUAUUUUUAUAUUUUAUAUAUAUAUAUAUAUAUAUAUUAUUUGGGAUCCCAAAGAUCUCUUUCCAACCAAUUUUCCAUCGAAGCCCAGGUGCACUAGGCACGAUCUCAUGGCUUCUUGGUCGGGCUUGGACUUAUAUUAUGCAUAUAUAUAAAAAAUACAAAUAUAUAUAAUGUUUGGGAUCCCGUUCCGUCCCCGAAAACAGGCCGCCUUCUCCCGUUCCUCUUGCCUUUUUUUGGCGCAACCAGGUGUCUUAAGCGCACGUGAUGCUCGACUGCCUCCGAAAUCACUACAAUAUAUAUAUAUAUAUGUAUGUAUGUAAUGUAUAUUUGAACGUACGUCUCUGUCGCCCUGCAGCAUGUCCCGUAAAUAGACCGGGCGGGUGAAAAUAACGGCAACUUUUCUUGUACCUUGAUGUGUAAAAGUGACAUAUGUACCUGGCAUUAAAAACAAAACCAAAAAAAAAGGACUUGCGGAUUGGA